CUGCUUUCUUCCCUUGAGGGGUGUGGUCUGUUGGGCGCGCUGGGUGAACAACUAUUUGAAAGAAAAAUGGCGGAAAAGGAUUUGGAAGUUGGGCUAGACGGUUGCGGAAGUGUCGCCUUAGCUGACAGCCAGAGUGAGGCCAACCCAGGGAAACAGUCUUCGAAAAGAUGCUCUCCCACAAGUCCCGGUACAUCUCCCCCACCCAAGUCUCCCCGUACCGACAUGAUGUCACCCACAACAGAGACGCCAGAUGUAGCAAAAGGGCAGCAAGACAUAGACGUCCAAGAGGAUCAGCCAGAAAACAUUGAUGGGCCUACAGGUUCCUCUAUGAGCCCCACUGCACACAGGAAAUCCUGGAGGAGGUCUACUAUAAGCCGAAGAUCUCUCCCUGCCCUUCCCGAUCCAUAUCAGGCUUUGUGUGGAAACAUAAGUACAUCCUUAUCACACCAUGAGAGGAUCGUGAAAUUAAUGGAGGCUUCGAUGAAGUUGGCAAUAGGGAGAACUCAAAAUCAGCUUCAGUCAGUGCCAAAUGCCUCAUUGGAGACUUUUCAAAAACAAGUUGAGCACAUCCAGAAAGAGUGGGGGUUGCCUGGCCGAUAGCAUACAUAAUGAAACACAUCAACAACCUUCUAGUGCAGCCAGAUCAAGUAACCCCGCAGUGCAAAAAGCCAUGGAAAAAUACCAAAGAGCCAUUAACAGGCUUCAGGCUGAAAGCGAGUCUUGGGAGGCACUGCUGAACAAACACAGAAACAAAGCAAAGGAACUGGAAAUGAAGGUGGAGCAUGGCCAGGAGACGGGUGUAACGCUAGAGUCUACAUCAGUGGCCCAGUCCUCACAGCACCUUUUCAUACAGAGUAAACCUGACUACCAGGCUGUCCUGUGUAAACAACAACCCCUACUUCACACCAUGUCCAUGAUUAUGGACACACAAUGUAAGAUGGUUAGAGAGCUUCUGUCUAUCAAAACACACUCUCAGUUAUUGGUGAAAGAAACUAGUGGCCGGCUGGCGGCAGAGGCUGGAUUUCAGGAUCUUUCAUCUGACCCGCUCAGGAAUCUUAUGACAGCACAUUUAUCCUCUGCAACUUCAUAAGGAAGGAAAUCACAAGCAGUCUGGCUUCUGAUUACCCAUGGCUUUGUUUGGCUUAUAUAUUAUGCUUGUAUGUGUCUCUGUUAAUUUGACCGGUAUGUGAUUUUCUUUAUUUGAUGUCUUGUUUCAUGACAAAGUCAACUCUAAUGUUUUCCAAGUCAAAUAAAGCUGUUUCACUCAGAAGUAGAAAUGGUGAUAGGCGUUGUUCAGGUAAUGCUUGUAGUUGACCAGCAGAUGGCAGUAGCUGGCUAUAUAAAGUUGUGAUAAGCUUGGUAAAUCGCCAGCGCGGUUUUUCCCGUCAAGGUUUAAUUAAGUACGUUCUCGCCUGUAAAACCGGUAACUGUUAAGACUGGACCGACAGAUAAUAAGAAAAAGAUGUUUGUGAAAGAUUUUCACAAUCCUGCAAAAUAAAGGUUACUACCAGUUCAUCAAUAAAAAUAAAAUAAAAAACUGCAAGAAAUCCCCACAUCCAGGAACUGA